GUAUAUGCCGACAAACACAAUUUAUUAAGUUCGUUUUUUUCUGCGUCAAUGAAGUCAUGUGAAAUCGAUGCUCACGCCAUUAUCAUUAACAGCUAUAAUGACAUGAUUGAUAUUUAUUUCCGAAGAAUAUGAUGAAACUUUUCCAAUUGAAGCCAGAAGAAGAAAAACUGAUAACCGAGCAACGCUUUCUACAAAGUAAUUUAGUGCUACAGUGUUACCGGUACAGGCGACUUGUUCUUGUUCGAUAAACAACUUCCUUCGUGAUCCAAAAAUAGCCAAAAUAACAUGUCCUCGAUCAUGAAAUUUACCAAAGAUCACGGCAAACUGCAGCUGCAUUGGGUCGAUUGGGCAUGCAUCGGAUUCCGUGACUAACCGUAUCGUGUUGUGUAGUGUUAUUUCCCGCGUGUCAAGCCCAAAUUCCCGAAAUUUACCCCCGAAAAAAAUAAUAAUAAAUCCAAUCACAUGCCGUGUCACGGGUAGUUCAUCGGCCCAAGCCACCGAUACGGAUAGAUGAAUGGAUUGGGCCAAGUUUUGCAAUGACGACGACGACGACGUAUCAUUUUCCCCUCAUUUGACCCAGUUUGGAAGUUAACCAUGGAGGACCGCUCCUUCCUGUCCCUCCAGUCGGUGUAGUGAAAUAUUAGUGUGGAUGUUACCUUCGUUACCGCCUACCGGUGUUACGGAAACGGAUAACCAUUGAUUAAACAAUCCCCGCGUCGAGGCGUCAAAUGCCGGAAGAAGCCUUUCUGGUCCCGUCGUAACUGGCAUUCCGAAGCUGCAGCAAUGAAUCCGAGCGCGAGCCAAGAAGUGACCGUGUUUUUCGGUGUUUGAAGUUUUUUUGAGAUUUCAUUUGUUGAAGUCGGGCAUUUGAAACAUGUUUCUUAUAAAAAAAUGAUGAAGAAAAAGGGCAAAAGUUUUUCAAAGUGUUUAUAAGUUGGAUGUGCUUGGAGAACAAUACAAACAAACGCUAAAAUAGGCGUCUAAAAAAUGGUGUGUUAAAAUGCUAGUUUCAUUCGAAUACUGAUAGUUUGAAAAUGUUUAAAUUAACUUAGUAUUAUCGAAGGAAAACAUAUCCUGAGAAAAACAACAUGCGGUCGGAAAAUAAGGAAGGAAAUUCAACGGCCACCAGUGUGUACCGUAUAUUACAGAGUCCGGCUCCGAUAUGCAUGUUUUACUUCGCCCAUCCAUUCGGGAUAUCUUCUCCGGCCGAUUCAUCUUCAUCAUCGAGCAAGCCAAUAGCAGCUCCGGUUAAACUUCCCCGGCAGGAUGCAAUCAAUCGCAAGCCCGUUCCACUACCGGCACCCAAGUACGAAAGGCAGCCAUCGAAGGCGGAAAUUAUCGUUCGGCAGCGUCCGGAAUCUCGCGAUAAUUCUAAAAAAUCUGCUUCUAACGUUGUUUGUCGUUAUGAAUCGCGACCGUCAAAGCCGAGCAAACCGGAAAAUCGAACUGGCAAAGUGAAAAAGAACAAAUCUAGUUUAAGUCCAACCACGGGUGUUUCCGCAAAUGAGACCAAACCGGUGAAAAGCAAAUGUGUCGGGCCUUGUGCCACAGCGCCGCAACCGUUGUCGGUGAAGCCGUACGCGAAAACGAAGAAGCGGCCCAAUGCAAUCGAGCGUGAUAUCCGGCAGAUUCAGCUGAAGCCCUGGCCCAGUUCAAUAUGGAAUCGGGAUUUUCUGAUACCGCCGCUGCUGCAGGUGCUGGCAAAGCAACAUGGUCGCAAAAUUCCGGAUAUCGAGCAAAUAUUGCGCACCGUCCGUUCUGCCUGGAACACACCGAAAUCUCAACGAUCUUUACUGCAAAGCCAGGACAGCCGGGAAUCGUCCUCGUCCAGCUGGGAUUUAUCGAGUUCGUGCGAUAGUGGCAACAACAACAACUACAACAACCACUACCACUAUCCUUUCUGCGAUCAGGAUCCGAGGAUGGGUGCCGGAACGUAUGCCACCGUGAUGGGUUCCGGGCCCGGUUUGCUGCGGAGACGCUACUCGGUGCCUGAAAUUAUUAUGAGGAAGCAUACCUUAACCCAGCAGAAAUCGUACGAUGAAGUGCCGCACGACAGCAACCACAACAUCAUCAAUGUAAGCAACAAAAACUCCUACCCUUCGCCACCGCCAUAUCAUAGCCCGAAGCACCGUCAGCAGCAGCAGCAGCAACAAACGAAGGGACCAACCGGGCCAAUGACACGUGGUUCUGCUGCUGGUGCGGUCAACAACGGUAAGAAGUUCCAACAGUCGCCGGCGGCGCACCGGAAAUCGAUUAUGAUGAGGGCGAGUGGCGGCGGAAGCAGUGGAAGUGUAGAGGAUUUUGGUAGCAGCAGCGGCAGGCCGCCGCAGCUCGUUUCGACCGGGUCCGAAUCAAAUUUGGCCAGUUUGAAGCGUCAACAACAACAGCAGCCAGGUGGUAUUAGUCGUAAUCAAAAGUGUAGUAGUGUUAAUGGUAUAAAUAGCAGCACUCAUAAUAAUAACAAUAACAACUAUAUUGGUCCUGGGGGGGCAGCAGGUGCCAUGGGAGGUGGUGCGGUGGCGGGGGCGUCGGGGACGGCGGAUUUUUCUAUGAGAAAAUCGACCCUACUGCGAAGGAUGUGGAGCAAAGAAAUGCGGCGGUACGAUCGGUCCGGCAGUUGGUCACCCCCACUCAGGAGGGCACCUCGCCGAAUCUAUAGCAUUGAAAGUAUCUCGGCGACAACGCCGCCGUCACCUGAGGUGGGUGGUGGCUCGGGAGGGAGGGGAAAUAGUAGCAGGGGUGGGAGUGGCAGCGAGAGUGGCAGCAGUUGUGCGACACCCACGGCAACCUCCUGUAAGGAAUGUGCGAAGUUGGAAAAUCAGUAUAGUAGUGGCGCUAGAGGCGGAAAGUCGGUGUACGAAUCCCCGAAAAGACUCCGGUUGGCGGCAUCGUUGAAUAACAUUAAUAAUAACCUUCAGAAGGUUGACGAUUGUGUUGAGGUGCUUAGCCGGACCAGCAGCCCCAAUCGGAAUUUAGUUUCCACCAGUGAGGGUUUGCUGGAUGACAGUGCGAGUGUAACGACCAAAAGUUCGAAGGCGGAAGUAUCCAGUACAACCGGAACCAAUCCCAAUACUCCGUUGAUUAGACACAACGAGAAGGUCGUCAAUGAUCGCUCUAAGCGUAAUUUGAUCUUCAUGAGUGCUGGUCCGGAUACCCCUAGUACGGCCAUUGAUGUCGAACUAGACGAGGCGGAUCUCGAGUCGAGCGAUUCUUCCUCGGUUGCGUCGCAAGCCUGUGUUCGACCGGUGGGCGGCGGUAUAACUGGCAACACUGGCACUAUCCUUGAGGCGAGCGAAGAAGUUACAACAAUCGAUAAUGAACCUAACGCCGAGCAAGAUGAAGAUGACGACGGGACCAGUACUAUUCUGAACGUGCAGGAUAACGAAAGUGAUCUCAGUGAAUUUCUUCAGGAAGAAGCCUUCGCCGGGAAAGAUGAUUGUGAAGAUCGUGGCCAAGCUGCUGCUCAGUGCAAUAGUGGUGCUAAUGUUAAUGUACAUCCUCGAGAACGUGCUAAGGCUGCUGGUGGUGAUGCGCCAUCACGAGCUGGAGCAGGAGCCGUUACUGUGAAUGGUGAAGUGAAAAUCGAAAGUCAGUUCCCGUUCCGGAAGCAAGUUACGCGUCGCGGCAGUAACGCGAGUAGUAGUGCCGUUAGCAUUUCCGCUGAUAGUACCGACUGUGAAAGUGUGUGCAAUGAUGAAAUUCGCUUCAACAAAAUCGCUAGCUCAUUAGCACGUGAAGACAUCUUACGCAAUGAGGAUCGUCUCGAUGAGUACAUAUCGAACCUGCUGGUGGAUAAUUUGAAUAAUCUCGUAGAGACUCAAGAGGUUGACACGCGAACCACCAGCGUUAAUCAUGACAAAGAAAAUAACAACCAAGUGCCAGGUGAAGAAGUUCAAUCGAUAAAUCCAACCGAAGUCAACAACGGUCAGGGGGAACUUGGGGGUGAGAUGAAGCAAAAACCUGGCGGGAAAUAUAUCGGGGGUGGGGGUGGGGUGGUCUGCAACUCCCCACCAGAUUCGGCCAAUAAACUCAAACAGAACGGCAAGGUCGACCAGGAGAACGAAAAGGAAAACGAAGAUUCUAUUAAUAACAAUAACCGAGGAGGUGCUAAAGUCGAAGGCAAAUUGGCCAUUAAUUUCGUGCGUAAGAAGAAUGGUUUUGGGGAGAAACAGCAACAGAACUCGAACGGAUUUUACCUGGUGCCCAAGAAUGGGUCCCGUGAUUCUGACGGGUUACCUUUCGAAAUCGAUCUGAACGGGAAAUAUUACUUCCCGACUUACGGGGUCGAAACAGACCCUUCGGACCACACGGAUGCUGCAUCCGAAACCGAAGCUCAGCUAGUUGGUAAAACCAGUACAACCUCAAGCAAUCGGAACAAAUUGCGGGGAAAAUCAACUAUUGUCCCACGUAUGUCCGCUUUACCUCGGACGGAGUCGAUGGAGGUUCAACCGUCAUCCACUUCCGCCGAGGAAGAGUUCGACGAUUUGCCUCGCAACAACGGAUCCGAUUCAGACACGCCAAGCUUGGUGGACAGUUUGGAUGAGGUGGAAAUAACACCUCGAAAGAGGCAUGAGCGCAAAAAAUCCUUAGCCCCACCAUCCCCAGGUGGCAAAUCAACACCUGUGGACCCAACCGGAGAAAGUGGCACCAAAUCCGAAUCCACCAGUUCGAACAAAUCGCCUCGCCACGAGAAGGGAGAAGCUUUUUUUGUACCAAUGAAAGACACCACUGUGAUAAUAAACGAGCACAUCGUCGUUGCCGAUGCAAUGCCUCUCCGAAUCAAGGAACGCCUAAACAAUCGGCAACGGUUAAUCAACUGGAGACGGCAACAGGAGAACGCGAAAAAGCAUCGAAAGAUGAUGCGAUUGAUCGAACAGAAGAGAUUCUACGGAGAGCCUGCGAUCCACGUGAUAAGCACAAUCGACCGAGCAAUAAGUCGCAAAGAAUAUAUACCGCCUUCGGAGAAGAAACGAGUUUUCGGUCAAGCCACAACAACAGCAUUCACCCCGAAGGUACCUCCGAAACCUAAGAAAAAUAACAGUGCUCUUAGAACCGAACUCGGGAUGCUGGAAUCGUAUAAAAUCGACGCAAGGGGAAACAUGCAGAUACAGAACGCUUCUGCCAGUUCGAACAACAGUAGCGCACGGAAAGCCACCAAAAGCCCCUGGGGACAGGCGACUGAGCGACGUCAAGCCAAAGGGCCGGCGGAUUUUUCGGCUCCAUCUACCUCAAGGUCAACGGUCACCUCGGCAACGACCGCUUCCUCCAAAACGCCGAAAAAAGUACCCUCUGUAGAUCCCCGUCGAAAACAAGUCCUCAAAGAUGUCCAACAGAUGACUCUGUACCAGCAAGCAGACCUAACACCGGACAUAGAAGGCGGUCCUCGCCGUAUGUAUCAAAAAACCGAAAUCCAAGAAGGUGACAAGCACAUCGAAAUAUUGGAAAUCGUCGAAUGUGGGGACAGUGCUUCGGGCGGCUACAUUCCCCGAAAGCCGCCCCGAGUGAGAAGUGCCGGCAGUCGCUCCGGUGGCAAUAAAUCAAGAAUUCCGGUCCCCAUCUACAGAUGGGGCCGCUAUAGACGGAGCAACUACUCUCGGGAGAAUAGUCCCCUCAAAUCCGGUGGAAGCAAUCCGAAGGUUGAUCGAAUGAUAGCAGAUCUCCUAAUGGAAGCACUUUCCAAUCCGGAUGACGUAGGUGUCAAAUUUAUCAAAACCCCCGAAGACAUCAAAGACAAAACGAGGAAAUCUCCUAACAACGGUACUGGUCGGAAAGUCGCUGCCCCUUCCAAUUCCAACACUCCAAGACGCUCGGCCAACAGCGGCAAAUAUACGCAACGCUUCGAGGUGAUACCCGAGGAACGAAGCAGCGUCUCCGUCGAAUCAUCCACCGAUGAGCUAUCUCCGGGCAAAAACAAAAAACACGCCUCGCCCCGCCGCGUUAGCUUCGACGAAAACCACAAAAUACUCAACGUGGAAGAAUUCCAACCGCCAACCGCAACAAGGUUGUCCCCCAAAAUGGGUCCCUCACCCAAACCCUCCCCAAAACCGUCGCCCAGCAAGAAAACGACGACGACUGCGGCCACACCAUCCCCCAAGGCACCUGCGCUCAGAAAGAACGGCACCACGACGACCAGCCGCGGCAAGGCGGCCAUCCAGAGCGAUGUGGUCGAGGAGAAAGGCUGGAUUGGGUUCAGUACCCAGCACCACGACGAAGGGACCACCCCGGUUAAUGGCGAUGAAGAAGACGAAGAAGACGUUCACCGAUUGCUAGUGACGGUGAACCAUCCCGUAGAAACUAAUGGUAACCUUAGUGCGAAUCUAGCCGCAAAUGAGCAUGACCGUAGAAGCAUUGUUAAAACCAUCAUUACUGGCAACACUGCACGGGACACGGAGGGCAAAGUGUACAGUCAUAUCGAAGACCCCUCCUCUGUUCAUACUCAUUCGAUCGAUCACUUUCACCAUCAUCAUCAUCAUCAUCAUCACCAAAGUGUGAACAUCAACGUGAAACACCACCAGUCGACUCCGGUGAGAUCGGUGACUUCCGUAGAUCAAGUUCGAUCUACCGUGGCCACGGUCGGGUCGAGAAAUAGCCGCAAUGGGGCCACUGGUAUCACGACGAUUUCAUGUAACACCACUGAACUGAAUAGAGUACAUGACAACUCGGACAAUGAUAUGCUUUGCACCCUGGGACGAUACAUUCAGAACGGUUCAGGGAACCAUUUGACCGUAGCCACACCGCAGAACAAUCGUAAACUAACCAGUGGUGAAUUUUCAGACGAAUCUUGCUACACCGAUAGUCUCAACUUGAAACCCUCUCCGGUGCGUUCACUCGAAGCUAGAAUCCCACGAGAGAUUACUAUUCCUGUACAUUUCGAGUCAGAUAUACGAUCUUCGAAGCAUGGUGGCCACACUGUAAGCGAACUCAAGUCGACUGCAGAGUCCGUGAAAGAGGUAAAUUUCAAUCCCUUCUGUGAAACAAAUGAUUCGAUGCAUCCCUAUUGCCAGAUACGAGAGGAAAACGCUUGGCAUGUUUACGAAACGGGAGACUGUAAAGUUUUCCAAUCAAAGAUUGAGUACUAUGAAACGUCGAUUCACCGAACACCACUGACGGAGAACCAUCAGAGUCUGUUCGGGAAUGUGGCAGACAGAACACCGGAAUCAUUACGAUCGGCUUUGAUCAAAGCCAAUUUCGAUAAUCACGAGCUGGUGCCGCACAAUUCCAAAUUGGAGGAUCGCCUCAACAUUUCUUCGUCUAAUACUACUGACAGCAAUCGGAUCCCUAUAAUUGCCCCUCUGAGAAGUUCUGCAGCAAGCGAAGAAGUCCCGAAAACCUCCGAAACCUGUAGUAGCUGUUGUUUUUGUAAUCCCGAUCUUCACAACAGCGCAGCAAAUCCCGCCGAAAGUUGCUUCUACUGCCAAACAAAAGCUCAAACACCUAGCAAAACCUUUCCCACUCCACCUACUCCUCCAAACAUCCAAAUGUCACCAAUACCUCCCUCACCCAAAACACCAAUCACGGAGCUAACACCUACCCCAACACUCCAAGAAAUACCUCUCCCUACGAAAACGCCCCAAAAACCUCCAGACAUUUUCGAGAGCAGUACUAAACAAACGCCAAGCUCCUCGAAUCCCAACCUGAACCCCUUCUCUCAAGAUUCCUCCACAAAUUGUCCUCCCUCGCAAGAAUCCAGCAACGCAUCAGCCCUCAUCAACGGUCUCUACACCGAAACCACCAAAAAGACUGACCAUACUCACACCAAAAUCAAAACCAAAGCAUCCGACACGAUCAGUACCAAGUGCAGUACAUCGAACGAAAAAAUCAAACGCUCCUAUGUGCCAUCAACUGCCGAAACGGACAAUCUGGAGGCAGUCUCCAAGAAGCUUACCCGCAAAAAAUCGGAAACCACUGUCCUUAACCGACCCAAACACACCAACAACAUCAACCGGGCGACCAGUGUUGUAACCUCGAUCAAGAAAGAGAUCAAAAACGAAAUCAAAGCCCCCCUCAGCACCAAGGUCCUGCCAAAAACGGCGAAAGAGCUCAACAACCGCAAGGAACGGGACAAGCAGAUCACGCUGAACCUUCCCUUGGACAAAGCAACCCCAUCCAAACAGGAAAAGGCAAAAACUUCCCUAGGAUUCGAAACCCAGAACAAAGACAAACCAACACUCGCCUGCGGUUCAUCCCAGAGCUACGACGAAACAAGUUCGUCUUGUUCCACCGACACCAGUCCGAACUCCAGCCCCUUCAAAAAGUGUGCAGCACUUCCACCGGCAACCCGCUGGAAGCACAACAGCGAACGGAACCUAACCCAGCUGACAAUGCAGAAAAUUGCCACCGUCAGCAAGUGGGGCAACAAGUGGAGAAAAGCGGUCCGACACAACGACCCAUCGGAACCACCAACGCCAACACUGCUGCCGAACGAGACCAAAAGCCCCAUUCGGAUGCGACCGAGCGAUCAACGAACGACGACGACAGACACUGCCACUUCGGCCGUUGUCGGCGUUCCCCCCAGUAGUGCCGUCGUCGGAGGAGGAAUCACCCAAAGCACUACGACCAGCCAAGGUUGGACAGUAACUGUAGCCGGUAACUACAAUCCAGACAUGGCACCGGAUGUAGAAAUGCGACUCAGCUUCCCGAAGCAGGGGAAUCCGACUGGUAAAAAUGCCCUUGGGAACGGACCAACCGGAAAUGCGGGAGGCAGCGGUAAACGAAACGGCCACGGUCCCCUUCUGAAUGGGCACCACGAGAGCGGAUGUGGUUAUCCGUCGGGAAGUCCCUCCCGGAACCGGAAGCAGUACAUCGAAGAUGUGCUCAACAUUCCGGGACGUCCGAAUGGUGUUGGAACCGGGAGCGGUGGUCAACACUACACCGUAUUAGAUGACGAUGGGUACAGUGUAGGUCGGGGACCAGGCCGCCAAGCACUACCUCCACCGCCGGUAGGAUUCAACCCAAAGCGGACGCUCUCGAGGGCCGAAGGAAAUGGUGGCGGCAAAGACUAUCGUCUUCCAAAUGUUGGCACAUCGAACAACGUUACCGGAAGGCAGAACACGAAGAAAGCAAUCAAGGUACUGGAUAGGACCAUGGAAUGUAGUGUCGUGGCUUCCGCUACAACGAGAACUGUCGCCAACAAGUACCAUAUGCUAUCUCACCAGCAUCAGCACGAACCAACCCAGCAUCAUCAUCUGCAACCGCAGCAACAGCCUCCGCAACAUUACCAUCAACAUCAGUCGCAGCAGCAGCAACAUAAAUAUAAUUUGUCUUCCUCCUAUCAGCCAUCAUCCUCCUCAGGCGUCGGUGGUCCACCGACAUCAAUGACAACCGGUCCCACGAUCCCCGGAGGCGGCGGAAUUCGCGGCGGUAGACCACGUGCCAUGUCCAUCCAAUCACUCCAUCAUGCCUCCUCCACAUUGCAAAAUGGUGCCGGUGUCAGUAGCAAGUAUCUGCCACCGAACAACGCACAUCAACCGCGCUACCAUCACGAUCCAUCAACCCUAGAAUAUGGAAGUAACAUGCCGUACGGAAUGCCCGGCAGCCGACGGAUGUCCCUGGACAGUCAGCACGGCGGCCAUCUGGACAACCUAUCCGUGAUGGGGAAUGCCAUUGCACCGGAACUCAAACCCAAAGUACCAACCAUGAGCGAGCGGGAUCUCACCAGGAGGCACCACCCCUGCUACACCCGCAAUCAACCGUACUUUUCCUAAAAUAAAUUGUAAAAGAAAAACUUGUUUUAGUACCGAUGAAUAAGUGCAUUUGAUGUCAUCGGAAAGAAUUGUAAACAAUACUAUUCACUCUGCUACACGCAAUCAUGCAAACACCUUAGAAAACAAAAUUAGACCAAUGGCUAGCGAAAAGAAAGAGAACGUGAUUCGUUCGAUUUACAUUUAUAUAUUAGUACGUAGUCUAUAGGAUAAGGACAAAAAAAUCCCGUUCGUUCAUUGUUGUGUUAAAAUGUUUCAUUCCCCAGAAUAUUUCGGCGGUUAGUCCCCCAGGUUUAUCGAAAAAUUGACUCCCUCGGAAAAAAGUUAGAGCUUUGUUACAAUUCGGUUGCAUUUAAUCCGCUAAACGUAGCGGAUCCUAUUGAAGUAUUAUUCCAGCAUUUA